GUUACAUUCAUCAUCUACGUAUAACAUCUCUACAUCGCAUCGUUGCUUUUGCCAAGGCUUCUUCAACAAUGCGCAUACCCGGAAUCUUGCCAUUCUUGCCGCUUCUCCCCUUUAUCUAUGCGGCAACCAUCUCUGGCAACAUUGCUUUCAAUGGUUUGCUAACGUUGGACUCUCUGCCUCCUACAAGCCAAAUCUCAUUGGAUCAUGGGUUGACAAAAGUGUGGGUCAAGCAGGAUGGAUCAUUCACAUUCCAUAAUGUACCUGAGGGUACCCAUCAGCUUGAACCUCUCAUCCCAGGCUACAUAUUCCACCCCUUACUGGUUACUGUGAAACCAACCGUCUCUUCCGAAUCCGAUCCUGCCAAAGCCUCGUCCGAGGACCAAAUGCACGUGCAGAUCCUGAAUCCUGCUCGUCAGCCCCUUCCGAUAUCUUCAGUAUCACUCCCUUACCCUUUGGUGCUUGAACCCGUCGCGAAGGAAAAUUACUUCAUCCCCAAGAAUGGGAUGAAUAUGCUAGGGCUGUUGAAGAGCCCGAUGGUUCUAAUGAUGCUGUUCAGUGGGAUAAUGAUGUGGGGAAUGCCUAAAUUACUCUCAAAUAUGGAUGAUCCAGAGUUCUCAAAGGAGAUGGCAGAGACCAGACAGAAGAUGCAGGGGCUUCAGAAUGGAGAUUGGACCGGAGCGUUGUCCAACAUGCUUGCAGGUACAGCGGAGGACAAGUCUGCUCCAGUGCAGUCCGGUGGUGGGUCUGCCAAGGCAGGAGGUAAGAAGCGCAGGAAGUAGAGAUUACUUCAGAGCAUAGAAUGGCGAUAGUAAUUUGUAUGCAAGUAUAUAUACUGCAUAG